AUGCCGCACGGAGAGACAGAGCCCCUUCUUCCUCGCUACGAGGAGGAGACGCCCCUCCGGCGUCGCUUGCAUCAGAAGCUACACUCCUAUCAGAUGCUCCACGCUCUGUCGGAAGGUUACAUGCCCUCGACGGACCAGCUCAUCGCCAACCUUAGCUCCCUACUGGCUUCGGACAUUUUCAACCCCCGUACUCAAGAGAUCGGCACUGUAGGCCGCCAGUUGAUCCGGGACUGCCGUCUCUGUCUCCAGGUGUUUAUCGACUUUCUGCGGGACAAAAACAGUGAUGACCAACUACAAGACUUUUUAUGGCAUCUUUCCCGAUCGAGGGCCUCACUGCGCCCCAGCCAUAUCUCGCAGCAUGCUUCUCAGGUGAAGGCAAGGGCAGACUCUAAAGCUGCGUAUGAUAGUCUUCGUACCGUGGGACAGCUUCUUUUAACCAAUGCCGACUUUCGACUCUUCGUCGAUGACUUAACGACAAUCGGUCGCCGGAUCUUCUCAGACACCACGGUUACUUUAUCAGCCACCUCACAAGAAGCAGGCGAACAGCUGAAACCGUCUGCAGAGGAUGUCCAUGAGGUGAACGGUGCGAGUGCGGAUGAGGACCGCGCUCCAUCAAAUGAGGAGUUACGCCAGGAGAUUACAGAUGUGGCGGAGUCUGCAGGCAAUGAGAUGGCUCAUACAGGCCGGGAGGCAGUUGAGAGUGUAAAGGAACACCUAGGAGGGCAGCAAGGGGAGACUCUGUUUUAUCGGUUGAAACAAAGCAUCUUGAAACUCCGAGAGCGUCCCGAUUACUCGAAUUCGGUUGCGACGCUGGCGCAGCUGGUUCGUCGAUAUGCUACGAUCUACGCUAAUGCAACGCCUGAUAUUGCGGCAGCAGCUGAGGACAUUGACAACAACGCAGACCUCAAAGAGGCAAUGCAAAAGCUCUGGGCCCUGCUUCAAUCAUUCGGUGAUCCUAUGGAAUGGAGCAUCCUGGAACAGAACUUCAGACAACUGCUGCGGCAUGCCAACAACGACCCUGAAUUUGAACGGCUGAUGUCGGAGAUAGGCUCCUCCAUCCAGGAGAUGCUGACCAGUCCCGAUUUCUUUGACUCUGCCCCCGAGAAGAUCAAGGAACUGGAAACCAAAUCCAAGCAAGUAGACGUUGGAUCCAACCUGCGUCAGGAUGUAGACGCCUUUCUGGUUCAGGCCAAACGGGCCAUAUGGACAGUCCCUGAAGACUCGGCGGUAUCUAAACUGAUCGACGCCACGGAGAAAACCUACAGAAAUGCCUGGGUGGGGUACUACGAUCAGAAAGAGCGAUUGCCGCUUGACUUACUAGAAGUGCUAUUCCCUCUCUUUCUCCGAUGCAUCCAUUACAUUCCAAUCCCACGGCUGGAGAUCUCCGCGCCGGAACUCGACCUUCUGCUGGAAAACUUGAUCCUGGAGCCUGGCCACGCAGCCCAGUUUUCCUCAUUCCUUCCAUGCCGGAUACACAUCACGACACGCAAUGACAUUGAUAUUAUAAAACGGCAUUCGAAAAGAACCGAAACCGAUCUCAAGACUACAUUCACCGCCACAAUCAUGGGACUGAACAUCAGCGCCUCUGAGUUCGGAUACUGGCUCCGCACCCACUCGGGUCCAUUCUGCCUAUUCAAAGACGAAGGCAUCGCCAGCUUCUUCCUCGACCGACGCGGCAUCGACAUCAUCCUGGAUGUCGAAGUCGGCCGAGACCGUCUCGAACAAAUCUUCACCCUGCGCGGCGUCCGCGUGGUCAUCCACAAACUCGACUACCAAGUCCACAGCAGCAAAUGGAGAUUCCUUCUGUGGUUGAUGAAGCCUUUGCUCAAACACCUGCUCCGUCGCGUUGUGGAGAAGAAAAUCGCUGAGCAGAUCGUCCAGGUCGCGUUCGCUCUGAAUCGCGAACUGGUAUUCGCGCGGGAACGACUGCAUGCUGUACGAAUCGCCAAUCCGCACGAUCUCGUCAGCUUCGUUCACGCCAUCCUGGCUCGACUGUCCCCCACGUCGUCGCUAUCUACUCGAAUCGGUAUUGACGUGCCGGGAAAGAGUGUUUUCAAGGGUGUUUAUGCCCCUGAGAGUCUUGUCAAGGUGUGGCAUGAGGAGGCAAUCCGAGCUCAAGAAGCCAUUGAAGAGGGGGAUGAAAGUCACCGGUUAAUUCACACUUGGCGGAAUGAUAUAUUUGAUGUGCCUACAUCUAGAUCACAUCUGGGACGCUAA